AUGGAGCGGCCGCAGUGUGCUGACGGAAAGAUAGAACUUGAGGUUGUCAGGAAGGACGGACGUCCCAUUGUGUGUUGCCCGAUAGAUGUGAGCGAGCUGCUCAGCCAACAGGGUCGCGCUGUCAAGGUGGGCGACGGUGUUCACGUCAGGCUGGAGGAGUACAGCAGUGAGGACGCUACUUCCUCGGAGGAGACGGCGGAGGGAGGAGACGGCGAUGGGAGCACGAAUGAGAGCGGGAGCAGCAGCGAAAUAGACGCUCCACCGGGAUACCGCAAGGUGUCCUGGCACGACUACGCCUUUGGCGUCAAUGGAGGCGGAGAGAUUCCAGAUGCGAAAAGUUUGAGUUUCCAAUCUCCGAAGCGCAACAAGGAAAUUGCAGCACUAUCCCAUAGUAGCGGCCAGAAUAAUAGCAGGGCCCCUUCCACUCGUCGUGAUGCUUGGGCCGCCUUUGCACCCCCAAUGGAUCCGGAGAGAAGUUAUAACUGGAUUCAGAUGACGUCACUCAUGCCAAGUAUAACGUCUAGACGCUUUCGGCUGCCUCCCCUCAUGUUACAUGCCACGGCGUCUUAUCUAGGCCCUGUCGACCAGGGGCAACGGAUUCUUGUGUAUGGUGGGACGACCAACGUUUGCAAAACAGUCGAGAAGGAGCUUUAUGAAUUCUCUCUUUUAACAGGCCAUUGGCGACGACUGGAGGGCAAACAUGUGUUUUUCCCUGGCAAUUAUGGUCAUGCAGCGGUGGUGGUGGAACAUCCUCAGCGUUUCGUGGUGAUUGGGGGUGUGGGCCCUGGCGGACAGCCGGUUCAGAUGGAAACAUAUUGCGAUGACUUUUUCAAGCAACGGAGUCGUAUUUUAUUUCCAUGCAAAGGCAAGGCAGAAACAAGGCGGCCACCGUUUGUGCGUUCUAAGAUUGUUGACUUGGAGCAACCAACACUCUGGUCGCUUGCGAUGCGAGUUGAACAAGAACCCCAGCUUGGGUUUUUGCCAAUGUUAUUUGAGAUGGACUUGAAAACUCUCCGUUGGCGAGUCGUCCAGACAUCUCCAGAGAUUCCUGUGGCUUUUCACACAGCUGUAGCAAAGUCUCAUACAAUUUAUGUUUUUGGAGGUCUGACCAAUCGACUACUCGUAUCCGCGCAGCUUAUAGCGAUCGAUGCUCGGACCUAUACUGUUUCACUUAUUCAUUCAUCUGCGGUUGCACCAAAGGCACGUUAUCUGCACAGUGCCGUCAUGCAUGGGAAUUGGAUGAUCAUCUAUGGAGGCUUUGACGUUUAUAACAACCCACUAGACGAUGCUUGGGCCUUCGAUAUAGCACAUGAACGUUGGGAACUGUUGGAGUGCCACAGCGCGCCUGCUCGUGCCGCACAUGCUUCUUGUCUUGUGGGCUCGCGUUUAUUUGUCAUUGGGGGAUUUGGAAGCCCCAUCAAAGAUAGAGAAAAACCCACAAAUAGUAUCUUUGUGCUUCAACUGGUACCAACUAGUACGGGGCAAUAUCUCUGGAAGGAGUUGACAGUGCGACCUGCAGUACCCCCGCUUGCGUUCUCUGUUGCCUGCCAUUGCGCUGAUGACGCUUCCUUUAUUUUGUAUGGUGGAUGCACUGUCGCCGGAAAGGAUAUGCUGAAGCAUCCACCAGAUGCAAAAAAAGUAGGUACGCGUGUUCCCGUCCAGAGUGGCGACAAGAAUAAUAUCCACAGGAACGCUCACAAUGAUGAUGGCGAAAGUUAUGACGGUUUUUGGCGGGGAUUGCUGCCUUUUAAUGACGGUUUUGUGUUUACGUUUCCCCUGAAGAAGAAACAUUUGAUGGGACCUCAUGGUGACGGUAAUGAUGCGGCGUCGAUGCACGUAAACGAACUUGGGGUAGCGACUGAUCCCGAGGAGAUGACUCCAGCGUUUCGGGAAUUUGUGCGGCGGCAACAGGAUUUUAUCCUUCAGAAAAACGCAUCUCGUGCGCAGACCAUAAAACGGACGACAAUUGAAGAACUUGAAAACAUGGAACCACAUUUGUAUUUCACGCCUGAGGAGAUUACGGUGCUGCUGGAGAGAAGUAACCGCUUGUACGACAGCUUUACUGAAUACAAGAUGGAGAUGCUGCCACCUAACAUUCCUAAUAGAGAAAAUCGAGUGCGCUGUAAUGAAGAAUGCGUCUCUCUUUCUCUUCAGGUGAGGGAUGUGCUGAUGUCUAUGAAGGGGCAAGCGCCUGGGGUGACGGCUGUGAAGUCGAAGGCACAUCGGAUAAAAACAGGAGAGAAGUUUGAGGAUUAUUCGGCCGCCAAACCAUUUCGUCGUGUGGUUGUCAUGGGUCUCGUGAAGGAAAUUAGAGCUCAUCUCAAACGUCUUCAUACCUUGAAUAAGGCCAUUCAAACUGUGGAGUGGGCUGAAAAGAAAGCAUAUCUUGACGCUGUAGACAAUAUGCGGCAACGGGUUGUGGAGUUUAUGCAAGCUGUGAAGGAUGUUCUUGAUAAGUAUAUUGAGCGAGGCGUAGAAUCUUUGGUCUCUGCCGUGGAGAAACGGAAGGACAAGCUGCGACGCUUGACAGAAAUUGUGGAGAAGAAUCGGCAUGACAAGAUAUUUCAAACCGAGGAACCCGAUCCAGAGCGACAGCGUGUGAAAAAGAUGUGGAUGAAAGAUGAAGGAAAUGCAAGUCCACCGAAAAAUCCGACGCGGUCUGUUUCACUUACUCAUUAUUGCCGUCGCUCUCGUUCCAUUGGGGCUGGCUACUACAAGGAUGAAGCCAAGGCUGUUAUUCCACUGCAACCGAAGGAAGUUGAACGUCUGCUUAAAAAAAUACGCCUUGUACGUAAGGUUGCGGUCUUAUUUGGUGACUACUGUAAGUCGACACAGUCGACUGAGGAGAAGCCAUCGAAUGAGAUGCCACUACCACUGUCAGCAGUGCCACUGACCCCUGCUGCCUCGGAAGCUCACUCCCUCAUUGUUCCUUCUUCACUUGCCAUUGUGGAAGCAGUAGCCCCUUCCAAUGUUUCUUCAGUAACCCAUACGGCUGAAGCAAAUGUGGGGGUGGCUUCCCCGAGUGAGCUUGUUAUACGCCGUUCAGAUGCCAUUCGGCAGGAGGCUGUAGAAAAAACGGGUCUUGUGGUCCAAUGCGUGUGCGCAUUGGCAAAGGACCUGGAAACUUCUCUGGUAAACGGCAAGCUGGAUUCUCAUACUGAUGUCAGUAAGGAUGGGAAUGGGCAGACACUUUUGCGCCUUUCCUCGCUACGUCCUCUUAUGUCGUGUAAGAGGCAACUGACGCAACUUGGAAAGAAGGUUCCUGGAAUUCGCGUAAAUCGUUGGGCUGUGAACGAUGUUGCUGGCGCCCCCCAAGAUGAAGAGGCUCAAAAACGUUUUGAGAAGAUGUCAAGGUGCUUGUCUGCCCUUGUGCAGCGUCUCACUGCAACUUUUUUAGCCAAUGCGGGGGCGAGACCGCCUUGCGCGGCGUCCAAGAAGAUGCAGCUAGGGGCGGCUUGGAGAUCCGUGUCAUCUUCUUCUGCGCACCCCCCCUUGCGUGCAUCACCGUCCCCCUUAUUGGUGACCUCAUCGUCACCCUCGUCUAAGAAGCAUCGGCGAGUAGUGAGGGCUAUUUCCACGGUGAGUGCAAGUGACGUUGCGACGACGGCUGAGGGUGAGGAUUAUGCUUCGCGCAAGCAAGUAAAAUCAUCAUCGCCGCCACGAGAGGCACAACAACAACAAAAACAGUCAUCUUGUAUCUUUGCACCGCUUUCCACUCCAUUGAUGCUUCUAGAUGCAUCUCAUUCAAAGGCUGCUGUGACGCCAGAAAUACCCAGACCCAUUUCUCUUACCUCAAAUGAAGCGAAGUCACUUGUCGCUCCGUUGCAUACCACGAUUUCUGUCACUGGUGAGGGUGUUAUUAUUCCAUCUGUGAAAGAUACGAUAGUUAUUCCGAAUGCCCAGCAGCAGGAAACCACUUGGGCAAAUAAAACUUCUACCAUUAUCGUUCCCUUUACAGAGACGUUUAACGCUGCGCCUUGCAAUGAUGCACGACAACCGCCACCUCCACACAUUGUGGUUUCCAGAGGUCCAACCACUACGGCAACUGAUGUUAAUUUGACUGUGUCGGCGGACUUAGCUUCAUUGGGGGGUUCUUUAUCUGCUAUGCAUAUAAAUAUGCGACCGGGCAUGGAGUGUGAUAAGCCUGCUUCAUCCGGUAUGGUAAGCCUUUCUCCAGGAGUUUUUUGUGGCCCCAGUUCAUCUGGUGUAGCGGUAAGCCCAGAAACGGGUCUUUCGUCUCAACAAGCGACGAUGAUGCUUGAGGAGGACUACUUUCUAUUUGGUCGCCGAUACACAGCGGAUCCCGUGGCUGCCCCGUGUAUUGUGGAAAACACGCAUGAGCGACGGGUCGUUUCGGCGGUGGAGUCACCAUUAGUGGGGCGUUGUGAGAAAGGUGUUAAGAUAUCACCACCCGUGGGUGCGCUUGCGGGCCUCAAUGUGGCGGCGUCGCGAAAGCAAGUCGGACUCUCGUUGUUCCGUCAACAUCCCUCGUCCAACCCUGUACCUAGCGCAUCGGUGGAUGUUCCUGCGAGGCCUCUGAGGGGGGAAAUGUUUCGAGGAAGACUAACGCCUGGUGAGAUGCAGAUUUUACAGGCAAGAGAGCGUUUACGUGCCUCAUCAUCGCGGCGGUGA